AUGGCAAAGGCAGUGGGGUCAAAAAGGAGUGCUCGACAUAUUGGGGGUCAAUCCGAGUUACAGAAGAAAAAGAAAACUGUUUCUCAGGAUGGCAAAGACACAUGGAUAGAUGAAGCUAGGAUAAUUUUAAUUCAAGACCGUUUGAAGUUUAAACACAGGUUUGUGGCACCUAGGAGAAAUAAGUCAGGGGGUUUGGUGAUGUAUUGGAAGGAAGAGUUCGACUUAACAAUUGAGACCUUUUCAAAAAACCAUAUCAAUGCCACAAUUUGUAAAAACAAGGAAGGCAAGUGGAGAUUCAUAGGCUUCUAUGGAGAACCAGACACCCAACUCAGACAUGAAGAUUGGGCACGGUUAAGAAAUUUGAAAACUCGAAGUCAAGCGCCAUGGUUAUGUGUGGGUGAUUUUAAUGAAGUCACAAAGCAAUCGAAAAAAUUGAGUGGAAGAGUUCGACCUCAUGUACAGAUGCAAGCUUUUAGAGACAUCUUGGAUGAAUGCGGAUUUAUGGAUCUUGGUUUUGUGGGAUCAAAGUUUACUUGGCAUAAGCACUUUGACAAUUUCACAAUAUGGGAAAGGUUGGAUAGGGUGGUGGCAACCAAUGAGUGGUUCUCUUUGUUUUCGGAUACACAAGUUCACCAUUUAGAUGUUACUAGCUCGGAUCAUAAACCACUUUUGAUUACUUUGGAUGGGAUGGAAUGCAAGCAACAAAGGCCAUUUCAGUUUGAGCAGAUGUGGAUGAGCGAAUUGGGAUGUGGGGAAACAAUUGAAGCUAUUUGGCAGAAGUCUUGUACAGACCCAAUUGAAAAAAAAAAAUUUCUACCCCAUUUAGUUUCGGAACAACAAAGUGCUUUUGUGAAAGAUAAGUUGAUCCCUGAUAAUAUUAUGGUGGCCUUUGAAACCCUCCACUACAUGAGAAAUCACAGUUCGGGUGAGACGGGGUAUAUGGCACUUAAACUAGACAUGAGCAAGGCGUAUGAUAAGGUGGAGUGGCAAUAUAUGGAGAAACUGAUGAAGAAAAUGGGUUUUGGUGACACAUGGAUAAAUCUGAUGAUGCAAUGUAUCUCCAAAGCAACUUAA